AUGAGAGUCACACAAACGCUCCUCUCGAGGAACUUCUUUGGCCGGAGCAUGGAAGAGCUCAAGAGGCGCACACAAAUAGCUGUGACCUUCGAGGCCAUCAAAGGCGCUACAGAACCGAAGCCGCUGUACGACUUCAGCAACCCCGAUAGCGUUCGCGAUUGCAUCGUCAUGUCCGACAAGUCAAUAGACGGUUUCUCAGAAAGCAAUUUUGAGUUCCAAAAGUCUCCGGACUCCCACAACAACCCUCAGAUACCCUCUGCCUUCGCCCGCUUCUACGGCAGCAUCUCUACUCGCCUCCCCGUUGAUCGCCCCAAUAUUCAACGUACAGGCUUCGCCGGCUUCCGAUCCCCUGAUCCAAAGCCCACCAUCUUUGGCCGUUCCAUGUGGGACAUCGAUCCAUUCAUCUACCUCGCUCUGCGCGUCAAAUCCGACGGCCGCAGUUACUUCGUCAACUUGCAAACUGAGAGUGUUGAGCCUUCAGAUCUACACCAGCACCGAUUAUUCCCAAAACGGGCCGGACAAUGGGAAACGGUGCUGAUCAAAUGGAACGAUUUUGUUAGAACGAACCACGGUUUUGUGGUGGAACCACAGACUGAGAUGCUACGGCAGAAGGUUUUGAGUGUAGGUGUGGGAUUGACGGAUCGUGUUGAUGGCCCGUUCGAAUUGUGUAUCGAGAAAGUCUGGGCUACCAACGAUCCAAGUGAAGCCGAGACAGCAGAGGAACCUCAGGUCGAGGCUGUUCCGGAUGGGGGCCAGUUAAGGAACAAAAAGGGCGAAAAGGUGCGGUGGUGA